AUGGUGGGAGAAGCACACCCGAAACGGCGGAACCCCCGAGAGCGAAUGAGGGCCGAUUCAAAAUGCCGCACAUGCGGAACAUGUCGGCGUAAAAAGGUGAGAUGUGACGGCCAGCACCCCAAAUGUAGUUAUUGCAGCGCCAAAGGCUUGAAUUGCGUUUAUUCCGAAGACGGAAGACGCACAUCGACGAGGCCGAAGAGGGCAGAUCUCCAGGCUUUGCAAAAGGAAAUACAAGAGCUGAGAGGGAGAGAGCGCCCACCAUCAGGCCAAUUGUCUUCUACAGGAUCAAUCUUGAACCAUGGUUUGAGGCAUGUUGAAGGCAAUGGCCCUGUAGACGACAUUCUGUCCAGAACUGCUGAUGUUGGACGAUUGGGAGCUGUCGCACAUGGUCCUGCUUCCGAAUCACAGCGCACUCAUGAUGGGCAGCCUCAGGUAGUUGACGCGCAGUCGCAAGAUUAUGACACGGCGUCACCAUCUGAAGCCAAUGUGAUAGCAUCUGGGCCCCAAGUUUUCGGUGCAACAAGUUUGCUUCACGACCAAUCAUCCACGACCCCUCUAGCCAACCGUGGGUCUAGUGAACACGACAAUCACAACCCUACAAAAGCUUGUAUGCGUGACCAGCUCAUUUCCAAUGCCGCCCUGGGCAGGCACGAUGAACUCACCAUGAAAUAUACGCCAAGCAUGAAAGCAGCCAUGGACUUUGAUGGUGUUCCAAUGGAUACGGCCAUGCACCUCCUGGAUUUGCAUUGGAAUCGACAGCAUUUAUCAUAUCUCAUAACGUACCGUCCUGCAGUUAUGGACAGCUUGAUAAAGAACGGCCCCUAUGUGAACAAGCUUCUGCUCAACGCAAUAUAUCUGCAGAGCAGCAUGUAUAGCGACCGAGAGCAUGUUCUCUUCGGAAGCGACGUGGAACGCAAAGGAAUGGCGUUCUAUGAGCGCUUCAAGGUGCUGCUGUCAUCUUACAUUGAUGAACCCACCAUCCCAACUAUUGCGGCUCUGUUGACUUGCGGUUCAUGUCUGGUCCCUUUUGGCCUGCAAAGUGCUGCUUGGACGCUUUGCGGCAUGGCCUACAGGAUGCUGGUGGAUAUCGGAUGCCAUUUGGAUAUUGUACCGACUUCAGGCACACAGUCAAAUCCUCGAAAAUUAGCUGUCGAGCAGGAGAUGAGACGACGUCUCUACUGGGGAGCAUUUGUGACCGACAAAUUUCAAUCCAUCUUUCUCGGCCGUGCUCCAGCCCUCCACGAAUACGACGGAAAUACCCCACAUGAGUUCCUCGAUAUAUUCGAGGAGGUGGAAGAAUGGAAUCCCUACAUUGAUCCAAUGGUACCACUUCCAGGACAUGUAAGUCUCCGGUACAAUGGGCGACCGACUUAUGCCACAAGCACAUUUCAGUCCCUACUUCGCCUUUGCAAGAUAACGACCAAAAUAAUCGAUGCUUUCUACUCGGCACAGAGCGCUUCAACUCCUCAACACAAGCUACUACAGAUUAGAAAAGAAGUCAAUCAUCAGCUUGACGACUGGAAAGGGACUUUGCCUGAAUGGCUAAAAUUUGAACCGGGAAUAGAUCCAACGCCGCCCCCUCACCAAAUCACACCACACACGACCUUUUGGACGAUGGUUAUUUUGACCGAGCAAGCAUUUUUGAGUGGCAGGCAGUUCAACAUCGAGUUGGACCACACUAUACAAGCCGAGUCAAAACAAAGGUGCAUUGAAGCUUCACUCAAAAUAUGGAAGCUUGUGGAAGCCUAUCGGGACACGUUUACUCUCAGACGUGCUCAGUAUGGCAUCUCCUAUGCCACUUACUGUGCUGUUCUUGUAUUGUUGCAAAUGUCCAAUACCAGUGAGCACCUCGACUGCAUUCGUUUCUUCUGGACUGCUCUAUGGGAAUAUCAGAAGGGCUGCAGUUAUAGCCUCAAGCGGCCAUUGAACCUGUUGAAAUCCCUCAUGUAUCGACUCGAAUCCGCCGGGCAGAUUCUGAGCGAUGAUCAAACUGAAGGCAACAGCCAAACAAGACCUGAGAGCUUUCCAGAAACUAUGAUCUUUAAUAUUGAGCAAGAAAUGCUCAUGGUCAAUCCGGAUGAUUCUUUACACAACUUUCUCUUUGACGGGAUUUCGGAUAAUGGUCCGCUGGCAGAUGAUACCAUCUUUGGAAUGUUUAUGUGA